AGACGCAUCCUUCAUUAACACAGAGCAGUCUUUGCUUAACAUGACUUACAAAAGCAAGUGAACAUAAUCAAGAGAGAAGGGGAAAAGACAGAUAUGUGUGAAAAAAAGACUGCUUCUCAAUCCUAGCAGGCUCAGGAUUCAGCACACACAUCCUGCUAUUCAUUCAUUCAUUUAAUUUAUUUUAUUUUCAGCCAGAGCUGUUUCUUUUUAUAUUGUGUUUCUGAACACAGAGGGCUGAAUUUUCCGGGGGUUUACCUAAACAAUGUUUCCAAUUCUUUACUCCAAUAUGCUGCUGGUUCUACUUUUUGCAAUCCUGUGGGCGCACGCAACUCAUGCCCUGCGCUUCUUAAGUGGUCAGAAAAUAUGCUACGCUGAUUAUAAGCACCCAUGCUACAAAAUUGCCUAUUUUCAGGACUUAUCAAGACGUGUUGGAUUUCAGGAAGCACGUCAAGCUUGUGAACUUGAUGGUGGAUCUUUGUUAAGUAUUGAAAGAGAAGCUGAACAAAAAUUAAUUGAGAGAAUGUUACAGAACCUCACAAAUUCAGGUUCUGGGAUCUCUGAUGGAGAUUUUUGGAUUGGCCUUUGGAGAAAUCUAGAAUCAAUGGCUUCAUCGGGUGCAUGUCCAGAUUUGUACCAGUGGGCUGAUGGGAGUACAUCACAGUAUAGAAACUGGUACGCAGAUGAGCCAUCAUGUGGAAGUGAAGCUUGUGUAGUGAUGUACCAUCAACCUACUGCAAACCCUGGAAUAGGUGGCCCAUACCUUUAUCAGUGGAAUGAUGACAGGUGCAACAUGAAGCACAAUUUUAUCUGCAAAUACGCUCCAGAAAGUAUCCUGGAGAAAGAGUUAGGAGACAGAGCAGUGCAAGACUAUGAUUCUUUUUCCCCAGUGACAACACAGAAGAUGUUUGCCACGGGCAGACCAGAGGACUCAUCUCAUGUAAUCAUUGCAGAAGCAGGUAUAAUGCCGAAUUUAAUUUAUGUAAUUAUACCCACUAUACCAUUACUUUUGUUGAUAUUGGUCGCAUUGGGUACCUGCUGUUUCCAGAUGCUUCAUAAAAGCAAAGAAAGGACAAAAACAAGCCCAACCCAAUCUACCCUGUGGAUUUCAAAGGCUCCCAGGAAUGAGAUCACUAUGGACGUUUAAGAGUACGUUGACUCAUUUUACAAAAAAAAUGCAAGAAAUACAUAUAACAGUUUGUUUCUGGAUGACCACACUUCAGAGUAUCAGCUUGGAAUGACUUGCAAUCUCAGCAUCAGCUUUCAGUUCAGCAAGAACUAAAGGCUCCCCCUAGAGGCACAUUUGAAGAACUAUUUUCUAGAAUACAUGUUUAAUCUGUAGGUAAACAGGAAUCUAUGUCUUGCUACAUUGAACGCAAACAAACUAUGCUUAUUUUGCUAGUGGAAUCUCUUGAAUUACUAUACAAACUAUAAAAAAAGGACUAUUUCUCUUGCAACACUUUUGAGAAAUGUUAUGUAUGUUUGACUUUGUUUGCAACGAGAAUGGUAGGUUUUGUUAUUUUUUUUCUCCUGUAUUGUACUUUUUGAUGUACUUUCAAGUGUAUUGCUAUGGAUAUGUAUUACAAAAAUGAAUUUAUCUUUGCAUAAAGGUUUGAUAGAAAAGAAAUGGGAAAUUGUUUUAUAUCUCUAGAUUUAUUAUACUACAAAACGAAACAGCAACUUUUUACUAUCUUGCAAGUGAUUCACCACAAUGCUCCCUACAAUUAAAUCUCAUUAAUAUUCUUUUCUUAGUGUAAGUUCAGGGCUAUACCUGACUGCUACUGGUAUUUUGGUAGUAGACCAUGUUUGUCCGCUAUAUCUACUAAAUGUACAUAUGUAUCGCAAUACAUAAUAAUCUCGAAUGGGCUGCCUUACCGAA